GGCCGUUGCCUGGCGAGGGCAGCGACGCGCGCGGCGCCGCCGUUCUUGCCCCCGCUGCGGCCCCGUGGCAGAGGGGCACGGCACGGCACGGCCCGGCUCGGCACGGCACGGCACGGCCCGGCUCGGCACGGCCCGGCACGGCACGGCACGGCUCGGCAGGGCUGCCCACGCGGCUCUGGCGGCUCCCGACGCUCUCGCGUGAUCCGGCCCCGGCUGCUCCUCAGGCUUGGAGACGUUGCAAACGCGGAAAAUCUGCUGGGCCGCCCUCACGAGAUCCCUGCGAGCGAAAAGGUUGCCUGUGUUUUUGCCUCUGCCUUACGGCAGCCGCGGUUGCAGACAACUGUGAAUGCGGUGAACAGAUUUCUUCUUGGCUAUGUCCAUACUAAGUGGGAAGCGCAAGGAUGGAGUUUGGCAUGGAGGAGAUCCCUGUUAAAGUUGCAGUCCGAGUCAGACCUCUGCUUUCCAAAGAAAUACUUCAUAACUACCAAGAGUGUGUCAGAUUAGUCCAAAAUGCUAACCAAGUUAUCAUUGGAAAGGACCAUGUCUUCACUUUUGAUUUUGUGUUUGGCAAAAACUCAACCCAAGAAGAAGUUUAUGCUGUUUGUAUUAAGCCUCUUCUAGUGUCUCUGACUGAAGGAUACAAUGCUACAGUGUUUGCGUAUGGACAGACUGGUUCUGGGAAGACUUACACCAUUGGUGGUGAGCACAUUGCAUCUGUUGCAGUGGAUGAAAGGGGCAUAAUCCCACGGGCUAUUCAGGAAUUAUUUCAUCAUAUUUCUGAACACCGUAAUAUUAACUUCCAUGUGAAGGUAUCCUAUAUAGAGAUUUACAAGGAAGAACUUCGAGAUUUGUUGGAUUUGGAGACCUCUGUGAAAGAUCUGCAUAUCCGAGAAGACGAGAAGGGAAAUACAGUGAUUGUUGGUUCUAAGGAAUUCGAAGUGGAAUGUGCAGAUGAAGUGAUAAACCUGCUGGAAAGGGGUAAUGCAGCUCGUCACACAGGCACAACACAGAUGAACAAGCGCUCUAGUCGAUCUCAUGCCAUUUUUACCAUCAGUAUUCAUCAGAAGCAGUCUGCAGAGUAUCAGAAUGCUGCACAGGAUUCGAUCUCUUCAAAGUUUCAUUUUGUAGAUCUGGCUGGAUCAGAGAGGGUAGCAAAGACUGGAAAUACUGGUGAACGCUUCAAAGAAUCAGUUAAGAUCAAUAGCGGUCUCUUUGCCUUGGGAAAUGUCAUCAGUGCCCUUGGAGACCCGAAAAGGAAAAGUGCACAUAUUCCAUAUAGGGCUGCUAAAAUUACUCGUAUUCUGAAAGACUCCCUUGGAGGAAAUGCCAAGACUGUUAUGAUAACAUGUAUAAGUCCAUCAUCAUUGGACUUUGAUGAAUCUUUAAAUUCCCUCAAAUAUGCCAACAGAGCAAAAAACAUUCGAAAUAAACUAGUAGUAAAUUACAACCCAGAAAAAGAUGGAAUUGAUGAAAUGGAACCUGAAGUCAGAUUGCUUCGGGAAGCUCUGCAGGACCAGCAGGUCAGUAAUCAGCAUUUACAUGACUUAAAUGAAGAAAAAGGCCGUACCAGUUCACUUGAGGAGCAGCUCACUCGCCUUCAGGUUCAAUAUUCCAGUUACAGAAAUUGUGUAGAUGAAGCCUUACUUCUACUGGUUGAUUUGAAUGAUGAUGUUAGCUUAAGAAGAAGUCGGCGGGACAGGUUGCAGAGCUGGAUCAGUAUGGUACAGAAAGUAAGGAAGGAAGCUCUCACCGUCCAGAAGACUGACACAGGGACUGAGACCAGCCCUGUACCACAUCACAUUACAGUUCUUCAGCAGAAGAGGGACCUAGAGAAAUGCCAGCAGGUACUAGCUAGGAAUGAAGAACUAUUUAGCCAGAAGAAUCAUGAAGUGCAGAUACUGCAGGAUCAGACAAAGGCAUUGCUACAAGAAAAGAAAGAACAAAAGAAAUUUUUAAAGGAGGGUCAAGAAACACAAAGAUUACAGGGGUAUACCAGCCCCCCUGUCUUGUCUCUGGCCCAGAUAAUGGCAGAAUUCCAUAUUCGCAGACAGAUUAUACUGAGCAAGUUAGAAGAUCAAGAUAAAGUCCUUCACUGCCACCUCCUUGAUCAGAGUGACAAAGAGGAAGACAAUACAGGCUGCGAAGAGAAAACCUCAUAUAAGCGUUCCAUAAACCGAACAGGGACACAAAAUCAUGCAUCUCUGUGCUUUCUUCCUGAUGUAAGUGACAUGAAAUAUCAAGUAGACAAGUCUGAUUUGUUGAAUACAUCUGCGCUACAAACUGCCACAAACACAGGUGAAGAGAUUGACAGCCUCCAGAAUAGCCAUGUUAUUAACAUGCAGAAGUUAACGAAUUCAGAGUUGAGACUUGCUAAGGCUGAGCAAAAAAUAAGCAAACUUGCACUUAAUAUCAAAAGGAAAGUGGAACUUAUUAAGGAUUUAGUAAGAACAGGUAAGGAUGCUCAGUCUGUAAGCAGGCAGUGUUCUAUGAAGAUAAGUCAACUGGAGCAAGAAAUUGAGCAGGCCAAAACACAACUGUCUGAAACACAAAAGCAGCUUCAGGAGCCAGAUAGUAAAGAGCUGAGAGAUAUUCCUGUGAAAGUCAUGUUACAGGAAGAGGGCCAGAAGAAGACAGAGGCAGCUAAGUUGAAAGUGCAGAAGAGAGAAGCAAGAGAACUUGAGCAGAAAGUGGCUCAGAUGAAGCAUCAGCAAUCCCAGAUACAGGAGAGACUGUGUGAGGAGAGUGAAAAGAAGAAGCAACUGGAAGCAGAGCUUCAGCAAGACCAGCAACAAAUUAAAGUAGGAUUAUUCCUGUUUCCCUAUGACAAAGAUUGUAGGAAGAAUGGUACUUUUUGUUUGUUCACAGGACUUCAACUUAAGAUGGAGCAACAACAGAUGAUCCUUAAAAUUUAGAAUAAAGAAAUUGCUGCUUUUAAAAAGAAGAAAAAUAACUCAGUGGGAACUCCAGAGAAACUUUGGAAAUUAGAAGAGCAGAAGUGGCUGGAUGAAGAAAUGGAAAGAAUUCUUCAACAGCACCAACAAUUAGCAGAACUAGAAGAAGAUUUAAAGAAAAGAGAAGCCAUUGUAGAAAAAAGAGAAGCAUUAUUGCAGGCGAAAUGCUACCUGGAAAUCAAGAAACUGAGAUCUAGCCAGGCUUUGAACAAAGAUAGUAUGCAAUUGUCUACCCAAUUCAGCAUGCUUAUGCAGCUUCAGGGCAGCACCACUGACAAGUCAGACACUUUGGAAGAAAUACAGGUUCUCCAAAUGGAAAGGGAUCAGCUGCUCAGAAGGAGAAAUAGUAUGGAUAAGAAACUGAAAGAUGGUAAAGUUUUGUCAACUGAAGAAGAACAUAUUCUUUUCCAGCUAGAAGAAGGAAUUGAAACCCUUGUAGCUGCAAUUGAUUACAAGAAUGAAAGUAUCCAUAAUCACCAGCACUUACUUAGGUUAUCUUCUCAGAGUCUUUCACAGAGCCAGCAUAACGUAAUAGGGAAACUAGUUUCUUUGUCUGCUGCUGAGCUCAGAGCUAUCAUCACCAGUUAUUUCAACAAGAUUAUUGGCCUGCGCGAGUCUGAACGAAAAUUACAAGUGCAGAUUGAAGAACAGGAAAUUAAGUCCAUACACCAGAAAAACAUGAUGCAUGAAUUAGAAUCUGCACUUGAACACAUCAAGGUGCAAUGUCACAGACAGCUGACUCACCAGCGCCAAGAACAUGAGAGAAAAAUACAGUUUAUAUUGAAAAAUUUCAAAGAACAAAAUAGUGAAGGCACUGCAGAGACCCUGAAAGGGUAUGAAGUAAAAAUACAGCAACUGGAAAAAGAUUUAUUUUUCUAUAAGAAAACCAGCAGAGAGCUGAAGAAGAAAUUGAAGAGCCUUCUUGGAGAGUCAUCUGAAUAAUUAUUGUCAUCAGUAAAUAAUCCAGAUGUACAACAGAGCUAUUCAUGUGGAGGAGAAAAGAAGAUUCAUCACCGUUUCUGUUGUCUCAUACCUCUCAAUGCCACCACAAUACCUCACAUACACAAUAUGGCCUUCUUGGCCUGUAUUUGUUUCUUUUUAAGGCUCAGCAAGACUGGUUCUUCCUCCCAAAGGAUGCUUCUAUUUCUUUCCACUCAGUGAAAAUUCAGUUUCUUUCCUACACAGAGAGGCUGAUCACACCCCUCUGCUCCCAGAGUGAAUUAGGGCUCAGCCCUUUCCCUCUAAGGCAAGAUAAUGAGCCUUCAUAUUCAUGACUAUAAAGUACACUAUCAGACUGUGAACAUGAUUAUUCUAGAGCCUAGAUAAUGAGUGACCAUGGGAAAGACUAUUCUGUGUCUAGUAUACACAGAAGCAUGUAGUUUAGGAUAUGUAUCUUUGUGGGCAAACACUUAGCCUUGGGAAAUUUUAGCAGUAGGAAGAAGGGAGAAGACCCCUCUGAAUUUCCAGCAUUUCUAAUGCAUGUAUUUUCAAGUUUUGUAAGAUACUCUGGAUUGAGUUAUUUUUCUUUUUAGUAUUUUUCAGUACAUUAUGAAACAUGUUGCUAUAUAAUGCAAUAAAACCAUAAUUUGUUACUGGGCUUUAGAAAGAAUAAAAUCCCUAUUUGUAUAUUGCAAUCAAAUUUGUAAAUGUCUUUUGUGUGUUGUACUAGUAUAGUUGUUGACUUUCAGUACAUGAAUAAUUUCAAAUUUGUCAUGGUUCAGUUGUUUUUAGACUGCUUUCUGGGAUACAUGACAAGUUUGAAUGGUGAGCCUUGUAUUAACAGCACCUUCUCAGAUGAGAGUAAUGGCAAGUACCACUUACAGUUUUGUAGAUGGUGAACUUUUUGAAUAGAAAGGGCAAAAUGUGAGGUGCUGAUAACUUUUUACCAUGUUCAUGCUGUGAGUUGCUGAUGCUGUAAAACCAUGUUGCCUGCUUAUGUCAGGCACUUAGAGAAGUUGUAACUUUUAGUUGUUGGCUGAUAAUUUCAUUCUGCGUAACAGUAUUGGUGUUGUUAUCCAGUCAAGAGGAAGGACAAGUUGCUUCUGAUGAAUUCAAAUGAAAACAGCUGUAAAAGUAAAGUAAAAGUAAAAGUACUUUUUCAAGUAUCAAAAAACUCCCAUUCUGUCAGCCUGCUCCGUGUACUUUAAGCAAUGAAUAAAAAGAGUAAUAAAAUAAUUUAACAUAA